AAUCCUGAAAUGGCAUACAACUUUAACACCGAUAGAAGCAAAGAAAGGUUGCUAUCUCGCAAGACCUUGUUUGAAGAGUCUGAUCAUAAUAAGGAUGGUGAUGAUGAUGCGUCCAUCCUGGAUAGAAUCACGAAAUCAUGGGAAGAUCUUCAGGAGUUCCUUGUCAAGGUUUACGAAAUGGGUCGGUCUGACCCCAGACAGAUCAUCUUCGCUGCAAAGUCCGGCUUCGCACUUGCUUUUGUUUCCGUGCUCAUUUUUUUUAAAGAACCCCUUGAUUACAUCAGCCAAUAUUGCAUUUGGGCAAUUCUAACUGUCAUUGUCGUAUUUGAAUUUAGCAUCGGGGCGACCCUUAGCAAAGGAUUUAAUCGUACUUUGGGGACAUUUUCAGCGGCAGUGCUUGCAUUGGGGUUUGCUCAAGUAUCUGUGUGGGCUGGGGAAUGGCAUGAAAUUGUGGUCAUCAUCAGCAUCUUCAUAGCAGGUUCUGUGUCAACCUAUAUCAAACUCUAUCCAUCAAUGAAGCCCUACGAAUAUGGUUUCAGGGUAUUCAUGUUGACAUUUUCAAUAGUACUGGUGUCGGGGACUUCCCACUUCUUUAGAACAGCCGUUUCUAGAUUGUUAUUGGUUAUAGUCGGAGCAGGCAUAUGUUUUAUAGUUAACAUAUGUAUUUAUCCAGUCUGGUCCGGAGAAGAGCUACAUAAAUUGGUGGUGAAGAAUUUUAGGGGUGUUGCUACUUCCUUGGAAGAAUGUGUUAGAAGUUACCUGCAAAACGUGGAAUAUGAUAGGAUACCUUCGAAAAUUCUCGUAUACCAGGCGACUGAUGACCCUCUUUAUACGGGAUAUAGAGCAGCAGUACAAUCUACAAGUCAAGAAGAUGCUCUGUUGGGCUUUGCAAUUUGGGAACCGCCCCAUGGGCGUUAUAAAAUGUUGAGAUAUCCAUGGGGUCAAUUUGUGAAAGUUGGCGGUGCAUUAAGGCAUUGUGCUUUUAUGGUUAUGGCAAUGCAUGGGUGUAUACUUUCAGAAAUACAGGCAGCAGCUGAACUGAGGAUGAUGUUCAGAAACGAGAUUCAGAGGGUAGGGAGUGAAGGUGCCAAAGUACUGAGGGAGCUGGGAAACAAGUUGGAGAAGCUGGAACCAUUAAGCCCAAAUUUUGACCUACUUGAGAAGGUGCACGAGGCCGCAGAGGAGUUGCAAAUGUUGAUAGAUGAAAAAUCAUACCAUCUUGUGAGUGUAGCUGCUAGACAAAGACACAAAGAAUUGGAAGAUCUUGAUCAAGAGGAAACCGAGGAAGAGACCUCCACUGAAGCCCAACACGCCCCCCUUUUGAAACAUUCUCAUACCUUCAAAAAUAUCGACCGCCAUAUCACAAAUAUGUCCAUGAAUCUUCCUUCUUUUGCAAACUGGGGUUCCUGUGAUGAAGAGGCACUCAAACAGCAGUUACAAUGGCCUUCACGCCUCUCGGUUCUUGGGGACACCGUUCUUAAUGAACGUGAGGUUAGGACUUACGAGAGUGCAAGUGCUUUGUCUUUGGCCAAUUUCACAUCUUCCUUGAUCGAGUUUGUUGCAAGGCUUCAGAAUCUACUCAACUCUUUUCAAGAGCUUAGCGAUAAGGCAAGAUUCUCAAAUCCAAAAAACCCUCUUGAUCAAAAGGAGGAAGGGGAUGAUGUGGGAUUCUGGACACCAUUUGGCAACUGUAUGGGCUUCAACACUUGA